AUGGCUAUAAAUUGUCUCACCCAUCAACCAUUUUGCUCAAAACAGAUUGCCCUUCAAUUCAUUUUCUGCACAGACUUCAAAGCAAUCGAUCUUCCAAUGGGAAAUAUUCCCACUCUCUUUCACAGUUUGUCAUUCUGUACUAUGAUUUUGAUCAUCAUGUUUUACAUGCCAGCAGAAGCUUCAGUCUUUAAUGUGGAAACAUAUGGUGCAGUGGGCAAUGGAGUAGAAGAUAGCACUAAGGCGUUUGCAAAUGCAUGGGCUGCAGCUUGUAAAGCUCCAUCUGCAACUUUGUUGGUGCCGGGAAGUAAGACAUUUUUAGUGAACGGUUUAGUUUUUCAGGGACCUUGUGCACCAGGCUUCACUUUUCUUGUGGAGGGAACUAUAGUUGCACCUCCAGACCCAGCAAAUUGGAACAAUCGGUUGACAUGGUUUUAUUUUCAAAAACUUCAACAAUUUAGUCUCACUGGAAAUGGUACUAUUAAUGGACAAGGGCAAGCAUGGUGGCUUCAAUGCCGUACAAAAAAUAUUCAUCACGCAUAUUGUACAGAUACUAACAGACCAACGGCCAUUCAAUUCAAUGACUGUAGUGGGUUGGAAAUAAGCGGACUAUCAAUUGUGAACAGCCCUCUCUUUCAUAUGACUUUUGAUGAUUGUAUGGAUGUCAAAAUGCUUUCCCUUAAAAUUAUAGCACCAGGAGACAACCCCAAUACUGAUGGUAUUGACAUAUUUACAUGCAAAAACUUUAUCAUAAACGACAGCAGCAUUGGCACAGAAAGGGAUGACUACAUUGCCAUCGGCGAGGGAUCUUUUAAGAUCACCAUUACGUUUGUGACCUGUGGUCCAGGUCAUGGAAUAAGCAUUGGAAGCCUUGGGAAAGGAAACUCUCAAGCAGACGUUUCUGAUGUGAAAGUACUUGGUGCCAAAUUGAUAGAAACCCAGAAUGGUCUCAGAAUCAAGACAUGGCAGGGAGGUUCUAGCAUGACAAAAGAUAUAUCAUUUGAGGAUAUUCAAAUCGUAAAUGUAGGCAACCCAAUAGUGAUAAAUCAAUACUAUUGUGAUUUACCUUAUCCUUGUCCUAAUCAAACUUCUGUAGUUAAAAUCAGCAAUGUAAGAUACAACAAUAUUCAUGGCACAUCAGCAUCAAAAAUAGCCUUGAAACUUGACUGUAGUGAAAGUGUGCCUUGCACAAGCAUUACUUUGAGUGAUCUAAGUUUGACAUUGGCCUCAGGGGGUGAAGUCUCUGCUUUUUGUCAAAAUGCAGAGGGAGUAGCCAUUGGAACUAUCAACCCUCCAAGCUGUCUAAGCACAUAA